CGCAACAGCAAAAAUGUUUACGGGACGAUCCGAAGGGAGGAUUUAUUUACAAUGUCAGAAGAGGGACUUUCUUUUUUGCUUAUUUUCAAUACCCUUUUGGUAAAAUAAAAUGGAAGUGUUGUUGUCAUUUAUUUGAUUUAAAAAUAAUUUUAGUUAAAUAUUGUAACUUUGAACGGAAAAUUUUUUUCAGGACAAAGAGAGUAGUUUUAGGGAUGGUCAUUGUCUUUGUAUGAAUGUUCAAUCAGUGCGAGUGAGGAUACAAUAAGCACAUGAUGGGUGAGAUGGCUGCAGAGGACUUCAUCCCUACACCAAGGAGAUCCAAGAAGAACGCAUGCCUGGAUCAUCAACUACUGCACAUCGGUGGAGUCCAUUAUUCAUUGAACAAGGAACUUCUUGCUGACAAAUCUGCAAAGGUGGCCACACUACUAAAGAACAAUCCUCAACAAGAUCUGUCCCAAUUACUGGAAGCAGGAGAGAUCCCCAUAGACCCACAAACAUUUGAGCUUGUUGCAAGAUUCUGCCACGGCUACGGAAUCAACCUCACGCCGAAGAACGUUGUCCGGGUUUUCUGCGUCGCGCACCACCUCGGCAUGACUGAGAACCACUCCCCAAACAACCUUCUCACCAUUGCAACCCAUUACUUCAACCACAGAGUCCUCUCCAGCUGGAACAGAACCAUCAAGGCCCUAAAAUCUGCAGAAACUGUCCUCCACCCUGCAAUGGCGCUUGGUUUGGUCCGAGCUUGCGUGGACUCCAUCAUCACCAAGGCCCUGGAUGACCCUUCGCUUCUCGCAGAGCUUGAACCAGAGAGGAAUAAGAAUUUUGAUUGGAAAUCAGAAGACCUGACGAUUCUGUCCGUUCAUCUUUACGAACCCAUCAUACGCGAAAUGGUUCACCGCAACGUUUCGCAAGAAUACAUUGCCGCGUCGCUAUGUCAAUACGCGAAGAAUUGGGUGUAUGGUGGAGUAGAAGGAGAAGACGAAUCCACGGCGUAUAAGAGAAACUCCAUGAGAGAGAUAAUAGAAGCGAUUGAGAGGGUGUUGCCUCGUGACAAAGGGUUGGUUUCAACCAAAUCUCUUUUUGAGAUGUUACAGUCUGCGAUAUCACUGGAUGCUGGCGUGGAAUGCAGGGGCGGGUUAGAGUUGAGGAUCGGGAAACAACUCGAUCGGGCAACGGUCAAGGAAUUGCUCAUUCCUCAUUGGGGAUACGCGAGAGAUGAAAUGUAUGACACGGAAUGCAUAAAGAGGAUAUUGUCAAACUACUACGAGAACUAUGCGAGUUCUGAGUUCUCAGGGUUGGUUAAAGUGGCAAACCUCAUGGAGGAGUUCUUGGGUGAGGUCGCGAAUGACUUGGACUUGAAAGUGGACACAUUCAAAUCACUCGCGGAGUUGUCAUUCUCCGUAUCGGACGAAGCCAAAGGAAACUUGGACGGGAUAUACAGAGCCAUAGACAUUUACUUGGAGAAGCACAAGUAUCUGACGCAAUGCGAGAGGGAGAAGGUGUGCAGCGUUCUUGAUUGCAGCAAAUUGUCGCCGGAAGCCUGCCAGCAUGCUGCGCACAAUGACCGUUUGCCCCUCAGGCUGGUAGUACAGGUACUGUUCGCGGGGCAACUGAGGUUGAGGGACACAAUCGGCAAGGAGAUGAUUCAACAGACUGGUAAUCACAACGGGAGUUCGCUUUGGGUGGGACCGCAUAAAUAUGAAGAAGAGUUGGAAGGCAAGGCGAGGGCAGAUAUGGAAAAUAUGGGAAACAAGGUGUUGGAGCUAGAGAAGGAAUGCAGUAUGAUGAGGAUGGAGAUUCAGAAAGGGAUGUGCAAUAAUAAAGUGAAGAAUGAUAAUAGGAUUAGUUUGUGGAAAGAAAUGAAGAGGAAGUUUGGGUGCAUGACCACAAUCCAUGACUGCAACAAUAGCCAAGUAAAGAAGAAGAAAAAAGUGCACCCAAGAUAAUUUUUCUCAUCUUCCACUUACCCUACCCCCAAAAACUUGAAGGAUUUUCUAUGUGUUUGGUAGAGUAAAUUCCUAUUUUAGACAUUUCUGUUCGUUGUUACUAACUUUCACAAGAAUAAUCCAUGGUUGUACCC